GCGGGGAUGUAUAUUUGACAAGCACAGGGCACACGCAUUACAGGUGAACUUAAAACAAGUUAGAGUGUUGACGUCGAUUCUGUGACUUGCUGUUGCCGUGUCAGUUAUACAAGCGUAAUACGCACGAUCGAAACUUUGAAAAGGGUCUGAAACGAUGGAAGACGCCGUUCUCAACUCGACUCUCUACAGCUACUUUGGUAAUCAGAGCUCAGUCCAAAACACUUAUCACCCAGGAAACGUUACGGCCAGGACGGGCUUUGCUCUGUUUCUGAACAAGUUCUAUCUCUUUGCUCCGCCCCUGAUUGCCGUGACCGCUAUCAUAGGGAACGUCCUGGCCUUCUUCGUCUUUGUCUCCAAGCCACUCAGGAGAACCUCUUGCAGCUGGUACCUGGCAGCAAGGUCGGUGUCUGACGGUGGGUUCCUGGUCUUCUAUCUGCUGGGGUGGCUCUCUGACGUCUUCAGGCUCGGCUACUUCCAUGUCGACGGGAUAUGCCAGACAAUAAUCUUCAUGAGCUUCUUCUUUGCGUUCAUCUCUGUGUGGCUGACUGUGGUGGUUACAGUGGAGAACUACAUCAGAAUAUGCCGGCCAUUUAGCGUCCAAAAGUUUUGCAAUACUAUUAUAGCAAAGCGAGCUAUCGUGGGCCUGUUUAUCAUUAGUAUAGCCUUCAACAACUUCCAUAUUUGGAUCACCAAGGUGACGUACGCUACUAGAGGCAACAACACGACCACAGCCGUUUGCUUAACAAAGCUAGAAUAUGCCAUGCUGGAUAAGUGGGUAUCCCUGGCUGAUAACGUGGUCACCAUGUUCGUUCCCUCCAUGGCCAUCAUAAUCCUCAUGAUCGCUAUCACGUUCAGCCUCAUCAAGAGCCUCAAGCGACAGUCUCGGCUUCAGGGCGGGGCGUCCAGGAAUGCUGGAACUAACGGUCAGCCGACCGGAAGUGCAAGGUCACACCGAUCCAACACAUCGCCACAAGCUAAGGUGACUAGGAUGCUGUUUGCUGUAUCGUUUUUUUUCAUCUUGCUCAACGGACCAAGCCACAUUAUCCGCAUGCAACACAUCAUCAUAACCUACAGCUACCCGACAACAACCGAAUUGCCAACUGCUGCAUCCAUUGAGCAGCAGGUGCAGUUAAUCUUCAAUCUAAUUUUCUACCUGAGCUUUGCUGUUAACCUGGGCAUCUACCUGACCUGCGGGGACAGUUUCCGGAAACAGUUCAAGGAGACCUACUUCCCGUAUUGUUUUCGUCGCUCCCCACCCCCUGGUUGUAGUGAGAUGACCGCCAUGUCCACAGUCCGACUGGAGGAAUUGGACAACAAAAACGAGGACCAGACUGCGCUGAUAGAGAACAGUCCCACGGUUGCUAAGGAAAACAACAACACAUGUUCUUGAGGCUAGCAGGGGCGUUUUCAGCUUAAGAGGGGCCCCUGGUA